AUGUGGGGAGCCCUGAGACGCAAGGGAGUCCCUGAGAAAAUCAUCGGUCUAAUUAAAGCACAGCACGAGGCAUUUUCGUGCAGAAUAUUGCACGAUGGUGUCUUGUCUGACCCCAUCCGGGUCGUGACUGGAGUUAGGCAAGGAUGUAUUCUAUCAUCGCUACUGUUCUUCAUCGUAAUUGACGAGAACCUGGUAGGAGCGAUUGACUGUGAAUCAAAUCGUGGGUUUCUGUGGCAACCUAUUACUAUGGAGCAUCUGAAUGACUUCGAAUUGGCUGAUGACGUUGCUCUCCUAGCACAACGGCGCUCUGACAUGCAGAGUAAGCGUGAUGAUCUUGCCGAUCGCUCCUCAGCGGCAGGUCUCAAAAUCAACGUCAACAAGACCAAAUCGUUGGAUAUAAACACGCUCAACCCUUCCAACUUUACGGUAGCUGGGCAAGCAAUGGAGAAUGUCGAAAGCUUCCAAUAUCUUGGUAGCCAAAUGGCGUCUGAUGGAGGCAAUAAGAGCGACACAGGAGCACGGAUCAAGAAGGCGAGAGCUACUUUUGCGAGUUUAAGAAAUAUCUUGAAAGACAAUCAGAUUAGUCGACGCACCAAAACCCGAAUAUUCAACUCGAACGUGAAAUCUGUACUACUAUAUGCCAGUGAAACCUGGAAAGUGGAGGUGGGUCGGCCGCACUCUGCGCAGAGGCGGAAACGAAAUCUGCAAGCAAGCGUUAGACUGGAACCCAGCAGGACAUCGCAGCAGAGGCAGACCCAGAGGCUCAUGGUGACGCAGCCUCAUCAAGGAAAUAAAAGAAGUCGACGAAAGUUUGACCUAGCAGCAGGUCAAAGCGAUGGCGGGCAAUCGCCCAGGAUGGCGAUCUUUCACAACAGCCCUUUGCACCACCAGGGGUGCGCAGGAAUAAAUGUAAGUAAGUAG